AUGCUACCUAAUUUCUUAUUUGCAUUUACCUUGAUGCUGGGCAUAGCCCACGCUGGGCCUGGCCUUGUCCCACGCUACAACGUGUCCAAGGGCAUGGCCAAGGCGGGCAGAUACGACAUGCCUCUCACUUGGGGACAAGGAGGAUUCUUAUCGACCAUCGAAUUCGGAACCCCGAAGACCCAACUGCCGGUUUUCGUCGACUGGACGUGGAUCAGUCAGUUCAUCGUGUCCCCGAAGUGUUUCGGGGAAUACGAUGCAGAUGCAUGCCUGAGCCCCGGCCAGACCUUCUGGGACCCGCGCAACUCGCCCACAUUCAAGAAUCUGACUGCAAAGUACCCUGACCGAGGCUGGAAGCCAAAUCACUUCUUCUUCCAACAUCCUCUUAAUGCCGAGUAUGGCGCCGAUCGCAUUGAGAUCGGCCCCGUUACCAGCGAAAUCGUUGUUCAAGUAUCGGACCUGGAAUUUAAUGCCUCUGCUACCUACGGGACCGCAUUCCCGUUUGGUGGAGUGUUCGGCCUGGCCCCAGUCUACAAGGGUGACGAUAAGGAUUAUCAGUCGCCAUUCUACCAGCAGUGGAACAAAGAUCUUUGGAAGAGCCCACUGAUUGGGUUCGUAUACUGCUACGAUGAGUCCAAGAAGUACGUGUGCAACGGUAACGACGGACUUCAAUCCCUUGGAGGCAUCCGCAACGACCUCAUCAAGCACAACAAGAUCUGGUGGUACAAGCACCAAACUUUCCUGGACGUGAACGAGCUUGACUUCGUCUACGAUCCUCCGAUUUACAACUACUGGGGAAUUGAGCUCGAAAGCUUAAAGAUCGGCGACGAGGUCCAGCCAAUUAAGCGUACCUCGAAGAAGUCGGGCAAGGCUGCCAUCUUUGACCAUGCCAGCUACGGUCGCGGAACACCGCUGACUGCGAACGCCUACGAUCGCUUGGUUGACUUGGCACAUGCCGUUCCCAUAGAUUUGUCCUUCCCUCCCAACAAUGGGGCGCAAGGCUUCUACUCUGUCAACUGUACCGAGAUCUCCGCCCUGCCGCCUAUCAAGUACUCAUUCCAAGGUCACCAAAAGGAGUGGAUCGUCACCCCGGAGAAUUACGUCGAGAAGGUCGACGAAAACACUUGCGUCUUGAAUGUCCGCACGAUGGCUACCGAUGAUGAAUUCAUUGGCAACUUUGGUGAGACUUUUGCCAAGGACAAGUACAUCAUCUUUGACUUUCAGAAGAUGCGGGUUGGGAUCAGUGAGAUUGCUUGGUGA